GUUUCCAGUGUCUAAACAUCAACAUCUGAUCAGGAACCAUGAGAAACGAUGUGGAAUGUUCUCCUUUUGAACCAGUCAACAGGCACUAUUAUACCGGUGUGUAUUAUCCGAAACCUUACCAACAUAAUUCUUCACCUCAGUUUAGGAGCUUCAAUGGAGUCUAUCACAGAAUAAACUCUAAGCCUCAUUUUAAUGCCCACGGUGGACUAGACUUCUCUUCUAAUCAGUUUAUGUCCAGUCAUGAUCCUGAGGAACAUGUGCGUCCAAAGCAUUCCCAUUUUAACAAUACAAGAUGGAAUGGAUGGCAUAAUGAUCGACUGAAGGAAGAUACAAUUAGAUUCAAUGGGAAUGAAGCCAUACAGCUCAAUGGGAAAGAAACCAUGCACUUGAAUGGAAAGGAGACCAUGCGAGUUCUGAACAAUAGGUUGGCAUCAUACAUGACGGAAGUAGACUCAUUGAAAGAGCACAAUGCCCAGUUAGAGAAGACUAUCCGAGACGAGUAUCAGAAAAGUCAAGCUGAUUCUUAUCCGGAUUACAGUGAGUUCUACAAUAUUGUCGGUAAAAUCCAGACUAAGGUAACACAAACUACAAUAUUCUUUCUAUCUGUGUGAGUUUGUUUAUGUAAAUGGUUAUAGGGUAUAUGCUCAUUUCAAUUUGUGUGUGUUUAAUAGAUAUCAUCUGUCAAGACUGACAAUGCCAAUUUAGUUCAGCAGAUACAAAGUGCAUCUUUGGCUGCAGAAAACUUCAGAAAUAAGUAAGUUUGAAAUUCUGUCCUCCCAGAAUAAGUAGUCAAGCCAUUUAAAAACAUUUUGACAACUUACCGGUUCCAAGACAAGUGUCCGUAUAGUUGUACAGAAACUUGUGUAAAUGUUAAAAAUGUGUUAACAGAUGUAUAUACUUUCUGAAUUAUAUGGAUGAUGUGUUUUACAGUACAAUAGUUCAUUUUAAUAUAAGAUAUAGAAAACAAAAAAUAAAACAUAAAAAAAUGGUUUUCAUAUUUUGCGAGAUGUAUUACUUAUUUGAGUUUAUUUAAGCUGUUGGUUGUUGUAGAUUGAGAAAUAAUUUUCAUAAUUUAAAUGGACAUUCUAAACACUAUCACUUCAUCUCAUUUAAGUGAGUAUGGUGUCUGGAGUCCAAAAAACUCUUGUGGUGUAGCGCUAUAUUUAAAUAGAAGGGUAGUGAUAAAAACUAGGUAUAUAUCAAUACUACCUUGAAUAUUCCUUAUGUCUUUAUAUUCACAUAAGAGUAUAAAUUCUACAAGACAUAAAAAACAGACAAACCAAACAUAGUGCAAACUGUAUAAUAAAGUCCGUUAUAGAGAAUUAGGAAGGGAAUAUUUCCCACUCACAAUUUUAGGAGCUAAUAUGAAAUAGCUCAAUAUCUGCGCUCUUGGGGUCCGUAAAGGCGACCCUCACCCUUCUUGUGUAUAGAUGUCCUUGAUUUCCUGCAAGAAAGAGCAGAGACUUGAAACACUGCUGCAGGUCCAGGCUGAAACAAAAUGAAAGUGGAAAACACCAAUCCUUUCAUGAACAGUUUAACAUGAAUAAGGGACCCCUGGUGCCUACAACCCAGCCUCUACUGGAGGAACAGCUAAAACAGAGAUUACAUUUCACAGUAAUAAUACCAAUUCAUUGUAGCAAUGGUAUUUUGGUUUAGAUAAUUCAGUUUCUAAGUAAAUGCACCACAACGGGCAAGUCAAUAUGCAGACACUAAUUACAUUAACAAAAUAAAGGAAAUUGUAUAGGUUGGUUGAUAUGAAUUAUUUGUAUCUACUACUAGAUUUCUUUCAUUCUAUAAACUCUGGGGAAAUUGUACGUACUUUGGAAGUCAUGAAUGACCAAUUACCAAGAAUUACUCAGUCUUCCUGUCUUGCCAAUACACAUGUAGUACAGAGCAUGUCAAUAUCGUUUGUUUUUGUUAGCCAUAUUGCUUCAUGUUUUCACUACACCAUGAGUUUUGGUUACCUGAGAACCUACUUACAAAAUGGAAAAAAAGCUGACCAAUUCACUAAAUAUAAUGUUUUUUUUGUUUUGUUUUGUUUUCAGUAAUUUUGCUCAGCAUUAUGUAAGUUGAUUGUUGAUACACAAAAUCUCUGUGUUUCCUAAAGAUAUGAUGAAGAGUCUAGAAUGAAGACCACGGCAGAGGAAGAUAUCUAUCGUAUGCAGAGAAUUGUCGAGGCAGUACAGAUGGAAAGUCAAACCCUGGAUGCGGAUAUCGAGAAUCUCUUACAAUUAAUUGCACAUUUAAACAGCGAGCAUGAGGAGGUAUGUUGAAAGCUUUGAAUAGGCAAAUAAUAUUGGUGUGCAUUUUAAUAAAUAAUAUAUUUAAAGGUAACCUGGCUCCUUUUAUGGUAGAGAAGACAACCAGUAGAAGCUUAGGAAAAGUCAGCACAUAAAGUGGUUGUAAGAGGUUUGUUUGUGAGACGCGCCUCUUUUCUCAAAAAACAAAACGGACUGGGUUUACGUGAUUGUCAUAGACAAAUCGCAAUAAUUUCUAGACAAAAUAAAGCUCAACCCUCGAACUAGCAGAACAGCUUACAACACUCCAUACCCGAUUGAAGGUGCUUAAUGCGGAAGGAGCUAAGCGGAUGCUCUAUAAAUUAAGAGCUAAAGAGUACCAUAGAGGUGGGAAGGCUAAUAAACAUUUAGCUUCUAGGCUUCGUAACAAGUACUCCAAUCUUAAAAUCCCUUACUUGAUAGGAAGUGAUGGCCUAAAGAGAACUACUCCUAUAGAAAUUUGUCAAGAAUUUGCAAAUUUCUACGCCAAAUUAUACAAUCUUAAAGAAGAUAGUAGUAUCCAUAAUGUGAGUACACAAGAUAUAACUUCAUUCUUAACCUAGGCCGAUUUACCUCAGAUUAAUGAUAUUCAAUUAGAUAUACUGCUUAAGCCUAUCGAGCUUAAGGAGGUGCUAGACACAAUUGAUAAACUACCACAAGGGAAAUCACCAGGAGUAGAUGGGUUGACGAAUGCCUAUUAUUAAAAAAUAUGCAAAAGACCUUGGUCCGCAUUUAUUAAAAGUUUUUCACAAGGCAGCAGUUACGGGUAAGCUCCCGAUGGAGAUGCUCCACGCUACUAUAGUAACCAUAACGCUCUUAAAUACAGAUGCGAAAAAAAAUUCUGCAAAAAUCCUGACAAAUAGGAUUAAAAGUGUAUUACCAUCUUUAAUUGGAGAUGAUCAGACAGGGUUUGUACAGGGGAGACAGGGGAUGGAUAACACUAGAAAACUAGCACUAAUUUUGGACUAUCUGAGAAGGGCCAGAGGAGGUGGACUUCUGUUAGCAUUAGAUGCUGAAAAAGCUCAGCUGGCCCUUCCUCCAACAGACAUUGGGUGCCUAUGGGUUCCCACAGCAACUAAUCAAACAGAUUUUUGCUUUAUAUGCAUAACCCAUGGCCCAAGUAUUAGAGGCAGGCUUUAUGUCCCCCCCAUUUAAGUUAAGCAAUGGAAAGAGGCAGAGGUGUCCGUUGUCUCCGCUAUUGUAUGUGCUCGCAUUAGAACCCCUCUUGCGAAUCAUCCGAAAUAACUCCGGUAUACAGGUAUUCAAGUCAACAGUAUAGAAUAUAAGCUCAGCGCAUUUGCGGAUGAUGUCUUACUUUAUAUUAACAACCCUAUAAAUACACUUCUGAUACUUGUACAGGUAAUAAGAGAAUAUGGUUUCCAUUCUUACUACUUAUUAAAUACUACCAAAACGCAAGCUCUGGGAUAGACUACUGGGUUACAAAUACACUACAUAAAAGAUACCCCUUUGAAUAGAGGCACGAUAAUAUAAAAUACUUAGGGAUAACCUUUUCUAAGAAAUACACCGAUUUGAUUGCAUGUAGUUAUGUUAGGGUAUGGAAGGAGUGUAAGUGGAUACUGUUAAAAUGGAGGUCCCUUUUUCUCACCUGGACAGAAAGAAUAGUUGCGAUUAAAAUGUCCAUCCUCCCUAGGCUACAAUACGUUUUUCGGAAUCUCCCGCUGUCUAUACCACAUUCUUAUUUUAAAUCAAUUCAAAAGGAUAUCAUUAACUUUAUUUGGUGCAAAGGGAGCCGCCGGGUGUCUAUGAAACUUUUGAGAGCACCAACCAGGGUAUGGGGGGUGUCAUGCAUCUAUUUUAGCGGCUGGUAUGGCACAUUUUGAUAAUCACAACCCUCCUCAGUGGGUUCAAAUGGACAAAACACAUGAUGUCGCCAUAUGAUAUCACACACAUUUUAUGGCUUCCCAAACAGUUUUGGCCCUUUCUAAAAAUAGUCCUGGAUCAGAUAGCCUUGCUAAUAAAAAUUUGGGAUAUACACAGAUAUAAGUUAAGUAGACAACUAAUCUCCAUUGCUACUCCUACGGAGGCUCUCAUAUAUUGCAUUCCUACCUUUUAUGCAAAACCAUGGAGGGAGAGACUCUUUGAUUACUUUAUGAUAUCCCAUUGACCUCUCAAUUCUCCUAUAGACAAUUGCAUUAUUUUAUGCAUAAACAAGGAACACAGCCUUUAUCCCAGGAUAUAAUUAUUGAUCAAUUUACAAUAUGGGAAAAUUAUGUAUUGAUACAAAAUUAUCUACGCUAUGUAAUCCAAUCUCCACAUGUUAGCAAGUAUUAUUAGACUAUACACCUCUUUCAGAGGCCACACCUGGGAAACAAUGGGUAGAAGAUUUGGACAUUGAGAUUUCCAGGGAACAAUGGACUGAUAUAUCUUAAAUACUAAUAAAUUGAUUAAAUCAGCCUCACUUAUAGAACAAAAUAAGAAAAUGAUUUAUAGGUGGCACAUGGUCCCAGAGCGGAUCCAUAAAAUGUAUCCUUCUACUCUACCUACUUUUGGAGUCAAUAUAAUAUUGAAUCGGUAAUACACAUAUGGUGGAAAUGCCCACAAAUUCAAUCCUUUUGGGAGGAGGUACACACUUUUUUACAAGAUCUUACAAAAAUUCAAUUGUCAUAUGAUCCCCUAAUAUUUUUGCUAUUGCAUCUCCCCACAAUUAUACCCAAACACCUUAAAAAAAUUAAUUCUCCAUGUAGUAUUAACGGGUCAACGAUGUAUCGCACGAGCGUGGAAAACUACUAAAAUUCCUAAAAUUGAGAGGGUAUACUCUGAACUUGAUGAGCAAUGGCUUUAUGAAUGCUGCUUUAAUAGCGAAUAUCAAUCUAUUCAAAUUGUGAAAGCAGCAUGGGAUAUUUGGGACAAGUGGAGAUUGGUAACCUUAAGUAGGGAGGAGGAGCAAUGAUUUUAAAGAAUAUACUACGCUGUUUAUAAAGAUAUUGUGAUCCUAGAAUGUUUAGAAGGAAUUAAUUAGUUAUAUAUGAAAUGUGAACCUUUAACUUAUAAGUGAUCAGAUUGGAGUACUAUGGUAAUGUUAAUGCAAUCAGUAUCUAUUGUUGUGUAACAUUUGCAACAAACGCUUUUGUAUUUGUAUUGCAAUGACUUAUAUGAUGCUAACUAACUGUAUUUGAUUUUUUUUUGUACCCCUAACUUAUGAAAAAAUAAAAAAUCUUCAAGAUUAAAAAAAAAGAAGCUUAGCAAAGACAAAUGUCUGUGACAAAUCUAACUACUCUUUAAUAUUUAAAAAAAAACAAGAAAUCAAAAAGACUACUUAGCGUGGACAGCCUACAACAGUAGAAUAGAAGCAAAUAUAAACCAAAAAAAUAUAUAUUUUACCUAAAGAAAAAGAGUUUCACCUUGUCACAUACACACACCUGUAUAUAUAGACACAUCUGGGUCAUCUAUAACUGUUGGUGGUACUAAUUUCUUUGACAUUAAAGUUAAUUUUGUUGCUACUACCAAGCUAUGUUGAGCUCUAGACACAAACUAGUUAAAAUGAAUAUGUAGUGUGUUUCAACAAAUAAAUAAUUUAACAGAAAUGGUGAUACACGUCAUUUUAUUAUUGUUUGUGAUGGUAAUUAAAUGUGAACGUUUACAUAUUUGACCACUAUUCAUUGACAUUGACAGUUGUUUCUUCAUUUGCAUCAUGCAAUUGAUUAUUGUGUGAGUAACUAUUUAUUGAACAGACAACAUUACCACUAAUUUGAAUGUUUUUUUUAAUUGGUUUGAAAAGGCAAUAAAAAGUCUAUUGAAUCUUUAUGAACAUUACACAGGACAAAUUGAUGGACAGCUAAAUGGGCCAUUAAGCAAGUCAUCCUAUGUGAUUCUACAUGGGAAGAAUGCUGUGAUUUUAAGAGAUAAUAUAUAUAAAAUGUAUAGUACUUAUUUAGUAGUGGUUAAAUUAUUUUUACAAAGACUGUUAAAUAUUUUAUAAACAUAACUUGCAUUACAAGGCUAAUAGAUCAUCUUGUCCACUGGUAUAAAAAUUACAAAACUUUAACAUGAUAUGCUUUUCAGUAAUACAUGUUUACAUUACUGCCUAGUAACACCUUUAGUGGCAGUCACUCAGAUCGCCACUAACGGUGCUUCCUGGGUCAGUGCUGCAGUGUGCAGCACUGCCGUUCUGUGUCUCAGCGCUUCCCAUGCAUCCCCAUAGAGAUGAAUUGAUGCAUUGAGGAGAUACUGAUUGGUGCAGCGUUUUGUCAUGCAUGCACAAUAUCCUCCCAAUGCUUUCCUAUGCGAAAACAUUGGAAUGGCUGAGAUUGUCAAAUUUGAUGAUCUCAGCCAUGAAGGUGGGGGUGAAGUGGGGCCAACCAUGGUGGAAGUGGCGUGGUGCUGGAAAAAAGGUAAGUAAAAUACCAUUUCAAAAGGAGGCACAGGGGGCGGACAUCUAAAGAGUGAUUUUACCACUAUACAUUUUUGUGUUCCUGACACUAUAGUGUUCCUUUAAGUAUACAGCGUAACUAAAGAUAUUUUAAAAGUAAUUCCAGAGUCUCUUUAAAUACUGAACUCAAUUACUGAAUCAAAGUUUACAAGCUGCUAAUUUUUAACAUUUUAAUGAUAUCUUCUUUGCGGAAGGAGGUGAAUCGUCUUGGCGUUCAGCUGGGAGUCAGAGUCAAUGUGGCAAUGGAUGUAGCACCAACUAUGGCUUUAACCGAAGCUUUGUCGGAAGUUCGAGAGGAAUAUGAAAGUCUUUUAGAGAGGAACCUAAAAGAGGCUGAGGACAUCUUCCGUUCAACAGUAAACCAAUUAAUCUGAUUUGCAUAAUUUCUUAUUUUAUAUUUGCUCAAUAUUUUAAGAGAUGCAGUUCUUCACUAAAUACUGAACUGCAAUUAAUUAACAACUGCAUUACAUAAUUGAGGCAAGAAGUGCUGUUUUGGAAGUACUCUCCAGCUCAGCUAUAGUCAUAACCUAGGGUAAAAUACAGUAAUGUCACUCGCAAAUGGCGGCCAGUAAGAGAGUCCCUUUAAAUACAAUUUAACGGGAGAACUAAAUAAGGGAUCUAAAAGCUCAUUCCUAGGUCUCCUAUACUUGGUAAGGUCUACUAAUUUUCCACUAGGCAUACCACAGUAAUAAUUUUUCGGGCAUCAUGGUGGUCAUGAUAGAUGUGGUUUAAUGUUUACAUGAUUCAUGCCCACAACAGCGUAGUCUAUUUAAUGUUAACAUUAUCAUCAAGUUACCAAUACUAUAUAAACCCCUGCUAUUUUUCAAAUGCAUUCCAAUUUUUAACACUCUUUAGUCUCUCUAAAACCAAGUUCAUUUUAGUUUUUUAACCCCUUAAGGACCAAGGUCAGUUCGGGACCGUCAUCGGCAUUUUCCCAUUGCCGACCGCUGACCCUCCUGAACCGUCCUAACGGUCCUAGUUACUUACCUGAUUGCCGUCGUUCCCCCGGCGGUGAUCAGCGUUGCUCCCGUUGUGGGGAGACUGCCUGCAGCCCAGACAGUCUCCCCACACUGAAUUAGGACCACUGUGGCCAUGUGAUCGCUCAAUACAGCGAUCACAUGGUCACAAUAGGUGUCCAUGUGUCUGCCUGCAGGGGGACUGUCUGUGCUGACAGGCAGUCUCCCUGCAUAUGUAAAAUCAAAAAUAAAAAUAAAGUUAAUGUUAAUAAAAAAAAAAAAUUAUAUAUAUAUAUAUAUAUAAUUAGAUAUCAUAUAUAUAAUGUCAUACUAAGUGUAUUUUUAUAUUAAUAUGUACUUAUAUUAAUAUAAAAAUACACUUAUAAUUAAAUUACACACGUAUAUAUAUAAUAUAUAUAAUAACUAUAUAUAUUGCAUAUAUAUAUAUUAUUAUAAAAUAUAAAUAAUAAGUAAUUUAAAUGAAAUUACAUUUUUUUUAAAUAAUAAAAAUGGAAAGAAAUAUAUAUAUCUAUAUGAAAUUUUAUUCUAACUGUAUUUUAAAAUGAAUAUAUAUAUAUAUAUAUAUAUAUAUAUAUAUAUUUAUAUCAAAAUACACUUAGAAUGAAAUUGUAUAUAUAUCUAUGUAUAUAUAAAUAAAUAAAAAUAAUACGAAAUAUACAUAUAUCCAUAUACAAAAUUACAUAAAUAAUUAUAUAAAUAUACACGUAGACUUCAAAUAUAUAAAUAUGCAUAUAUAUUUAAAUUCUACGUGCGUAUUUAUGUAAUAUUUUUACAUAAUUCAGUAAUUUUAUUGAUUGCAAUUUGAGGGACCUGCCUGCCAACCCAGGCCGAAAUUCCAGAGAAUUGAAUUUGCUAGCACUGUAUUUUACCCUGUAACGUUCUACGACACCCUAAAACCUGUACAUGGGGGGUACUGUUUUACUCGGGAGACUUCGCUGAACACAAAUAUUAGUGAUUCAAAACAGUAAAACAUAUCACAGCGAUGAUAUUGUCAGUGAAAGUGACUUUUUUUGCAUUUUUCACACACAAACAGCACUUUUACUGAUGAUAUAAUUGUUGUGAUACGUUUUCCAGUUUUUAAACACUAAUAUUUGUGUUCAGCGAUGUCUCCCGAGUAAAACAGUACCCCCCAUGUACAGGUUUUAUAGCAUUUUUGAAAGUUACAAGGUCAAAUAUAUGGGUCAAAUAUUUUUACAUUGAAAAUGGCCAGGUUGGUUACGUUGCCUUUGAGAGCGUAUGGUAGCCCAGGAAUGAGAAUUACCCCCAUGAUGGCAUACCAUUUGCAAAAGAAGACAACCCAAGGUAUUGCAAAUGGGGUAUGUCCAGUCCUUUUUAGUAACCACUUGGUCACAAACACUGGCCAAAAUUAGCGUUCAAUUUAGUUUUUUUACUUUUUUUACACACAAACAAAUAUGAAUGCUUACUUUGGCCAGUGUUUUCGACUAAGUGGCUACUAAAAAAGACUGGACAUACCCCAUAUUGAAUACCCUGGGUUUUCUACUUUAAAAAAAAUAUGUACAUGUGGGGUGUUAUUCAGAGAUUUAUGACAGAUAAUAGUGUUACAACGUCACUAUUGAUAAAUUUUAAAAAUGUAUGUUUUGAAACCGCAAUAUCCUACUUGUACCUAUAGCCCUAUAACAUGCAAAAACAAGCAAAAAAAAGCACAUAAACACUGGGUAUUUUUAAACUCAGGACAAAAUUUUGAAUCUAUUUAGCAGUUUUUUCAUUCGCUUUUGUAGAUGAGUAAAAGAUUUUUCAAGUAAAAGUAAAAAUACAUGAGAUUAUAUAAAUAAUGGUAUGUAAAGAAAACCCCUUUUGUCCUGAAAAAAACAAUAUAUAAUUUGUAUGGGAACAGUAAAUGAGAGAGCAGAAAAUUACAGCUAAACACAAACACCACAAAAGUGUAAAAAUAUGCCUGGUCGCAAAUGUACAACAUCGCAAAAACAGUCCAGUCCUUAAGGGGUUAAAGAAUGGGUGGGGAUAUUUAUAGUAUCUCGUUACGGCUCAUCAACAGUUAGAAAGCUUCAGGCUGGUUACCCCAUGGAAAAUGGGGAGGUUAACAAAUGGGUACUGAGAAUUCAUCACUGUAUUCUACCAUCUGCAAAAACAAAAAUUACUCUUCAUAAUGAGAUCCUCAUUAUUAUUUACAUAAUUAAAUUUUUUGGUCGUAUAUGCCUGUGUAAAGAUAACUAGUCUGAGGAAGAGUCUUCUUGAACAAUAAAGUAGAACACAGUUGCUAAAUCCAAUGCAAGAAGAUACACAACGAUUGAGGUGAGAUUAUACUCAAAUCAUCCAAAAAAGUCCAAAAGGUCAGGGCAGGCAGCCUAGUUUCAAAGUCUAAAUCUGAACGAAUGAAAACAUGAAUGAAAAGUGCCAUAGCGGUGAUUAUGGUUUUUGCUUACCUCCAUUGUACCAUUUUUUCCGGGACCAGACUUACAUUUAAAGUCCUUCCCACAAUGCUGGUAGGUUUAUGUGAAUGUUCUGCAUAGGGUAUGAAAACUGCACGCAAGGUAUAACUGCAGAGUGUAGAGUAUGAAUGUUAUAUGCUGGACAUUGGAAAUGGACAAAGAGGGGAACUUUAAUUUUAGGGGUGUAAGUGUGGCCUGGGGUGGGGUUGUUCUAAGAAAUUUUAGGUGACUUACUAAUAACUAUUUAUGCAACUAAAAUUUAAUUUAAAACAAGAACAAUGUAUCUUAUUUACACAUACUGAUUUCUAAACACAAAAAUGUGAGUAUUAUUGCCGUGGAGCUCUGUUAUACACUCAGAUACACCAGCAAUAUGCAGAUCCUACAAUAGAGAGGUAGAUAAUGCUCAGCCCAAAAUAGGGACAGUCCCUCUUAAAUAGGGACACUUGGUAGGGUUAAAAACUUUUUAUAUACUCACCCGAUUUCAGCACCUAUCUCUUACGACGUCAUUAGUCAGGGGUCCUAAUGCUCAUGUGCGGUGAGCACUGCAAGCGCAUUAGGCCCUCCCAGUAGGAAAGUAUGGCUUCAAUGCCUUCCUACGGGGAUUUAACAGAAAGCGUAAUGACGUCCAGCAUUAAUUAGGGGCCAAAAGUCGCCUAGCAAGUAAGAUAUGCCUCUAAUGGCUGUCUAAUUGACCGCCACUAGAGGCAGUAUUAGUCCUGCAAGGUAAUCAUUGCAAUUUCUCUAAAACUGCAAUGAUUUACAUUGCAGGACUAAGGGGGACAGGAACACAGCACUCAAACCACUUCAUUCAGCGGAAGUGGUGUAGGUGCCUUUAGUGUCCCUUUAACUGUGGAAUUUUGACAGCUCAGUUAUUAGUUCUUAAUAGUUUAUCAGCCUGUUUCAAAGCUAGUAUUUGGGAUGGCGAAGAUUCAUACAUUCACUUGAUAAAAUUUUCCCAUGGUCGUUGUAUUGCAGCAUUCAGAAUUGGAGCACAGGCUAUUUUCUGGUAAAGAAGAAUUGCAGGAAUUGAAGGAAGAGAUCAUUGACCUGAAGCACACAGCACACGCUAUGGAGAUAAAACUACAGACGCAACUCCAAAUGGUAUGUUUCUGGAUUUGUAUUAUUUCAAGCAAAUGCUUAGUUUCCCAUUAGUAUAUACCGACUAUCUAGACAAAUAUCUCUUGCAAUGAUCUUUAUUAAUUCCUUCAAUACCAUUAUCGAGUAUAAAUAUUUUUAUUUUCAUGUAUUUUGCAGUAUAAAAUCUUGUUCAUAAAGUCUUACUCAUCCUCAAUUAUACAGUGAUGGCUAACAUGGACACCAUAAAUUGUUUCUGGACUACAUUUCCCAUGAUGCUCAGCUAGCUUUUAGAGUCUAAAAGCUAGCUGAGCAUCAUGGGAAAUGUAGUCCAGAAACAAUUUAUGGGUGUCAAGGUUAGCCAUCACUGCUGUAGAGGAACUAAUUUAUCUGGCCGAAGCCACUAGUCACUUAUAUAAUGAAUGUAAGUUGCUAAAAAUGCCUACUCAACCCCUGCUUUCAAACAGUACAGGAAGUGUGACUGGCUGAUACCAUUCUUACAGUCAAGGAGGGGGAGGAGUGAAUGGGCUCUACCAUUUCACUGUCAGCAUUACAUUAGCAGUUCAGAGAUUGAUAAAGAUUUCUAUAGCAGUUUUAAAUACCUUUACAUUAGAAAUAUAUGAUUUAAUUGUAUUUACUGUAUGUGGGCAAUGUGCUCAAAUGCAGACAUUAUUUUUAGUUAUUUGUCAUUUAUUUCAAAACAUGGUUUCCAUGAGCCACCCACCUCCACCUCUACACAUUCAUCAUGAAGCUGUCAUCAUUGUAUCUUACUUUAUUGUACAAUUUACUUUGAUUUGUUGGAUUUAGAAAUCGGUUCUCGAGACAAGUCUUGAAGAGACAUUCGAGAAUAACUCUGUGCAGCUCACAGAGCUUCAGAGUGACAUAGACACCUUGCAAAGUCAACUGGAAGACGUCCUAGUGUAUAUGAAAGAUCAAGACGAAAAGUAUGGGAUUCUCAGUGACCAGAAAACAUUCUUGGAGAUGGAGAUUGCUUCUUACAGACACCUGAUCGAAGGCUCUGGGUAUGUAUAA